AUGUCAGAUCGUCCAGAACAAUACCAAUACCUUCCCCCAGUUCACGGUGACCCUUAUGCUCAUCCCGGGUACAGUCAUACUGUCAUGCCAUCUGUUCCGCCGGGCAACGUCUUCCCCCCGCCAAUCCAUCGUCCUGUGGAUAGAAGCCUCGGACCUGGACAUCAUCCCUUUAACGCUAACCAAUCUGGUAUGAAUAUGGGACCACCUGGCUUUCAUGUAGGGAUGGACUCCCCUAUGAAUUCAUUUCAUUCGUACGCUCCCUCCUUUGUCCCCGGAGAAUCACCUCACCACUCAUACUGGAGUCCCUCAGAGUCACAACCACAAGUACCACCCGACUCUGCUCAGCAAUAUUACAGUCCACCACCACUAUUGCCCCCGCACAGUCGUUCAGAGUCCGAUUUCGGGCCUCUUUUCCCUGGAAAUCAUCGAUUCUUUACUGAACGCUCUUCUCCAUCUAAUGGACCUCUCACUGGGCGAUGCACAUCUGGUGGAUCGGCCUUUGGGACUAUGCCUUCAACACAUUUCACUGUGUCUCCUUCAGUCACUCAGACGCCCGAGGCAAAGAGGGCUGACGUCGAAAGGAAGCUCGAAGAGGGAUACAAUGGUUUACAAGGGAUGUUAGGUGUCAAGCCUGAGAACCGUACAACAUUCAUGACUCACUCAAACUCCACCCGAGCGUCCAAUUCUGCUAAUAAGAGUGCUGACAGCAAGUUCAUGAAACAAUCUGUACCUUUGACCAAUGCUUCUUUCGACUUCUCAAGUUACUUCAAGUCAAACUAA